UUCACCCCGAGCUUAAGCCUUGCAGCAGGAGAACUUCCACCUCGCUGUCCUGGCUUUGAGCCUCACUGUACAUCGGACCAAAGGCGCAGAAGGGAGGGAGGAUGCGAGAUGACCGGCUCUUUGGCAACCUGACCAUCUCCUUAGCAGAGAGCCUUCGAAAGCCAGCCGGAGGCUGACUGCAGGACCAAGGAGGUGCCGCGCCUCUCGUGGAUGUGUGUGUGUGUGUGUGUGUGUGUGAGCGGGUAAGCGGGUGUGAGAGUGUGUGUGUGCUUCACAACUGUGUGUGUGCAUGUCCGGAUGAGUGUGUGAGUACACCCAUAAGUGUGUGUGUGUGUGUGUGUGUGUGUGUGUGUGUGUGUGUGUGUGUGUGAGUGGGGUGAGUGAGCGCUCUCGGUUAUAUUAUUUUUUUGGAAGAAAAAUCUUGAAAAUAUCAGGCAGGUUACCGUGCUCCUAGGGUGGUGGUUCUUCUUCUGGUCAAGAGGACUUGGCCAGACCAAGCUACUACAGACAUUUUUCAGCGAGUAAAGAGAAUUUUCCUCUGAGAACAAGAGGGAUUUUUUUCCCCUGGCUCUGCAGCCAGUGAAAGAGAUUUGACCCUACACCUGUGAAAUCGACCAGAGCCGUGUGAUUACCAGGGCUGGAGCGAGGACUCGGGAAGAAAAGGAGCAAUAAAUCCAACAGCCUGUCAGUGCCUUUGGCCACAUUGGAAGAUGUCAUCUCAAACUAAGUUCAAGAAAGACAAAGAGAUCAUUGCCGAAUAUGAAGCCCAAAUAAAAGAGAUCCGCACGCAGCUGGUGGAGCAGUUCAAGUGCUUGGAGCAGCAGUCUGAGUCGAGGCUGCAGCUGCUCCAGGACCUCCAGGAGUUUUUCCGCCGGAAAGCCGAGAUCGAGCUUGAGUACUCCCGCAGCCUGGAGAAACUGGCUGAGCGCUUCUCCUCCAAGAUCCGCAGCUCCCGGGAGCACCAGUUCAAGAAGGACCAAUAUCUCCUCUCGCCCGUGAACUGUUGGUAUCUAGUCCUGCAUCAGACCAGGCGGGAGAGCCGAGACCAUGCCACCCUCAAUGACAUCUUCAUGAACAAUGUCAUCGUUCGCCUCUCCCAAAUCAGCGAGGAUGUCAUCAGACUCUUCAAAAAGAGCAAGGAGAUCGGCCUGCAGAUGCAUGAGGAGCUCCUGAAGGUCACCAAUGAGCUCUACACGGUCAUGAAAACCUACCACAUGUACCAUGCGGAGAGCAUCAGUGCGGAAAGCAAGCUGAAGGAGGCUGAGAAGCAGGAGGAGAAGCAGUUCAACAAGUCGGGAGACCUCAGCAUGAACCUGCUCCGGCAUGAGGACCGGCCCCAGCGCCGUAGCUCCGUGAAGAAGAUUGAGAAGAUGAAGGAGAAGAGGCAGGCAAAGUAUUCUGAGAACAAGCUGAAAUGCACUAAGGCCCGGAACGACUACUUGCUGAAUCUGGCGGCCACCAACGCAGCUAUAAGCAAAUACUACAUCCACGAUGUCUCUGACCUCAUCGACUGCUGUGAUUUGGGCUUUCAUGCCAGCCUGGCCCGCACCUUCCGGACCUACCUCUCAGCCGAGUACAACCUGGAGACCUCUCGCCACGAGGGGCUGGACGUCAUCGAGAACGCGGUGGACAACCUGGAUUCCCGAAGUGACAAGCACACAGUCAUGGACAUGUGCAACCAGGUCUUCUGUCCCCCCCUCAAGUUUGAGUUCCAGCCCCACAUGGGGGACGAGGUGUGCCAGGUCAGUGCUCAGCAGCCCGUCCAGACGGAACUGCUCAUGCGGUACCACCAGCUGCAGUCCCGACUGGCCACUCUCAAGAUCGAGAACGAGGAGGUUAGAAAAACCCUGGACGCCACCAUGCAGACCUUGCAGGACAUGCUGACUGUGGAGGACUUUGACGUCUCCGACGCCUUCCAACACAGCCGAUCCACAGAGUCUGUGAAGUCAGCCGCCUCCGAGACCUACAUGAGCAAGCUCAACAUCGCCAAGAGGAGAGCCAACCAGCAGGAGACAGAAAUGUUUUAUUUUACAAAAUUUAAAGAAUAUGUGAACGGCAGUAACCUCAUCACUAAGCUACAGGCCAAGCAUGACUUACUCAAGCAGACUCUGGGUGAAGGGGAGAGAGCAGAAUGCGGUACAACCAGGCCCCCCUGUCUUCCCCCUAAACCACAGAAAAUGAGGAGACCUAGGCCUCUCUCAGUGUGUAGCCAUAAACUAUUUAACGGCUGUAUGGAAGCGUUCAUUAAGGAUUCAGGACAAGCUAUACCACUGGUGGUCGAGAGCUGCAUCAGAUACAUCAAUUUAUAUGGACUCCAGCAGCAAGGGAUCUUCAGAGUGCCAGGAUCCCAGGUUGAAGUCAAUGACAUCAAAAAUUCCUUUGAGAGAGGUGAAGACCCGCUUGUGGAUGAUCAAAAUGAACGAGAUAUCAAUUCAGUCGCUGGCGUUCUAAAACUGUAUUUCCGAGGACUGGAAAACCCACUCUUUCCUAAGGAAAGGUUUCAAGAUUUGAUAUCUACUAUUAAACUGGAGAACCCAGCUGAGAGGGUGCACCAGAUCCAACAAAUCCUCAUCACCCUUCCCCGCGUGGUCAUCGUGGUCAUGAGAUACCUCUUCGCUUUCCUCAACCACCUCUCGCAAUAUAGUGACGAGAACAUGAUGGAUCCCUACAACCUGGCCAUCUGCUUCGGGCCCACCCUCAUGCACAUCCCCGAUGGGCAAGACCCUGUGUCCUGCCAGGCACACGUCAACGAAGUCAUCAAAACCAUCAUCAUCCACCAUGAAGCCAUCUUCCCCAGCCCCCGGGAGCUAGAGGGACCUGUGUAUGAAAAAUGCAUGGCUGGAGGGGAAGAAUAUUGCGACAGCCCGCACAGCGAGCCAGGGACCAUCGACGAAGUUGACCACGACAAUGGCACCGAGCCUCACACCAGUGAUGAAGAAGUGGAGCAGAUCGAGGCCAUCGCCAAGUUUGACUACGUGGGGCGGUCCCCGCGUGAGCUGUCCUUCAAGAAGGGAGCCUCACUGCUCCUGUACCACCGCGCCUCCGAGGACUGGUGGGAGGGUCGUCACAACGGCGUGGAUGGGCUCAUCCCACAUCAGUACAUAGUUGUACAGGACAUGGACGAUGCCUUCUCGGACAGCCUGAGCCAAAAGGCCGACAGCGAGGCCAGCAGUGGGCCACUGCUGGACGACAAGGCCUCCUCCAAAAACGACCUCCAGUCCCCCACGGAGCACAUCUCGGAUUACGGCUUUGGGGGGGUGAUGGGCCGAGUGCGGUUACGAUCUGAUGGAGCAGCCAUCCCCAGGCGCCGAAGCGGGGGAGACACACACAGCCCGCCCCGGGGCCUGGGCCCCAGCAUAGACACGCCACCCCGGGCCGCCGCCUGCCCCAGCAGUCCCCACAAAAUCCCCCUCUCCCGGGGGCGGAUCGAGAGCCCCGAGAAGCGGAGGAUGGCGACGUUCGGGAGCGCCGGCAGCAUCAACUACCCCGACAAGAAGGCGCUCUCCGAAGGGCACUGCAUCCGGUCGACGUGCGGCUCCACCAGGCACAGCAGCCUGGGGGACCACAAGUCCCUGGAGGCCGAGGCCCUGGCAGAAGACAUCGAGAAGACCAUGAGCACAGCUCUGCACGAGCUGCGGGAACUGGAGAGGCAGAACACAGUCAAGCAGGCGCCAGAUGUGGUGCUGGACACCCUGGAGCCCCUGAAGAACCCGCCAGGCCCCAUCAGCUCAGAGCCGGCCAGCCCCCUGCACACCAUCGUCAUCCGCGACCCCGACGCCGCCAUGCGUCGCAGCAGCAGUUCCUCCACCGAGAUGAUGACCACCUUCAAGCCAGCCCUGUCCGCCCGCCUGGCCGGCGCCCAGCUGCGCCCGCCCCCCAUGCGGCCGGUGCGGCCCGUGGUCCAGCAUCGGUCCAGCAGCAGCAGCAGCUCGGGCGUGGGCAGCCCGGCCGUGACGCCCACCGAGAAGAUGUUCCCCAACAGCUCGGCCGACAAGUCGGGCACCAUGUGACCUGCGGGGUGGCGGGCACCGCCCCGGCCCGCCGUGGCCCGCCGUGGCCGAGGGUGGCCUCUGUGACUCCCACGUCCUCCCGGUGCUCCUGGCCUUGUCGGGCAGGGCCCGGAAGGUCAGCCUGGGAGCGGGUCUGUGUGGAGCUGAGGCCCAGGCCCGAGCCACAGCUCGCCUUCAGCCACAUGAAUCCACAGGCCUCCCUCCUGUGUGCACACAGACGGCCAAGCGGAGAGGAGCAGCCGCCCCAGCCGGAGCCUUUCCCAAGGUCGUGGCAAAUGUUAAAUGGCUUCACCCGCGUAUCGUCACUGGAAAGUUAUUCUCUCGACAUUCUCUCUACAUGCAUCCAUACGUGUGUAUGUAUGUGUAUGUGCAUAUGUACACGUAUAUAUGUACGUAUGUGUCUGUAGGAGUGUGUGUGUGUAUAUAUAUAUUUAUGCAUCUAUAUACAUAUACUAGAUCUGGACACACAUAUGAAAUGUAUAUAGGAUCUCCUUUUUCUUUUUACGAAACUUAGAUUUACCUCAGACCCAUGCCACCAAACAUCUCCCGCUGAGUUAUUUGGUGGGAUUUGCAGGGACUUUUCUGGGAGAAUUUAAGGCCCACAGUAACUGCGAAUGAAGCAAUAUACUACUAACCUGCAGAAAAACAAAACCAGUCUCCCACUGUCUCCAGAAGUUGUGGCCUUCCAGAACAGUCUGCCCCUAAAGGAAGGGUGGGGCAGGUGGUACCCCGGGCAGGCUGCUCCCAGAGGUGGGGAACCCUUCACAGAGCCCCCCCCGUCCACCCCAGAGACCCUGCCUUUCCACACGGAGGCCAAGACCAACUGCACCCCAAAGGCAUGGAGGACGUUGGCGAGAAGAGCCCUGACUGCAGCGGCCUGUGUUCGACUGUAGAAGAGGGGAUGGUGAGAGCCUGAGCCCCAUCGUAGCACAGUAUUAUGUGUGGUUGGGAAAAAGGAAAAAAAAAAAACCCAAACAGUGGUGUGGAACACUUCAAAACCUAGAAACGCUGUAGGAAUAAAUCUGUGGUAACUAUAGAGGUUUAACUUAUACCAUUUUCAAAAUAUUUAAUUUUGUCUUUUCCUCUUUCUACUAAUUAUACUGUGUCAAAAUCUGGAACUAAACAGGCAAGGAGA